AUGCUGCCAAGUAGAGGGCUGCGGCCUGCCCAAAUUGUGCCCUUGGCCUCGCGACAAUCAUCAAUACUUAGAUCAACAGCUACAAGGAAGUUCUCGUCGCUUCCCCGUACAGCUGGCCUCGCUUCACAGUCAUGUCGAACAAGCCCGCUCCAACCUGUACAGUGGAGGAAGGGUGCGGCCGGGACUCAUAAUGCCAUGCUGAGCGCUUCGUCUGUCCGAUAUGCUUCAUGGUACGCGCCUUGGAGCUGGGGUAGUUCCGCCAAACCUGCCGACGCCAGUUCCGCUCUGCCCUCGAAUCAAGUCCCAAUUGCCGAAUUCUCCCACCGUCAUACGACCGAGUUUGCAAAGCAUGCAGAACCUGCCGUGAGCACAGCCACUCCCGAACUUGCGCCUGCAACAAUUGAUAAACCCGCUGUCGUGGAUGGGGUGUCGAGCUCAGCCAAUACGGUUGCAGAGAAUGCGUCUAUUAUCGGCGAAUCCAAGACGCUUGACAAUGUGCUUGAGAGCGAUCCAAUCAAAGAUACACUCACUGCCGAAAUCGAUCCUACUCGCCUUAUUGACCACGCCGGACAACUGAAGGAACUAGGCUUAGACUACGGCUGGGGGAUGACUACGCUUUUUGAAAAGUGCAUCGAGACUAUUUACCUACAGUCAGGUUUGGGCUGGGCCGGAUCCAUUCUGAUUGCUGGUGUAGUAGUGCGUGGAGCAACGUUUUUUUUCCAGGCUCUUAGCUCAGACAAGAUGGCAGCCAUGGCCGCUCUAGCACCUGUGACAAAGCCUCUACAGGACAAGAUGGAGGCUGCCAUUGCGCGGGGUGAUAAGCAACAGGCGGAUCUAUACAGGAUGCAACAGGCCGAAAUCAUGAAACCGUACGUCGGAGGCAUGGCUUCCAUGGGAGGUUUCAUGUUCAUGCAAGCCUGGAUUGGAUUCUCAGCUUUCAGGUUUCUGAGAGCUAUGGGCGAGCUGCCUGUGCCUGGCAUGGAACAAGAUGGUUUCUUGUGGUUUACUGAUUUGACUUCGCGUGACCCAUACUUUCUUUUGCCGGCUGCGACAACGGCCGUCAUGUACACUGUCUUCAAGAAUGGAGGCGAGGUCGGUGUACAAAAUGACGUCGGUCAGGCUGCACAACGCCAAAAACUAUUUACUGGUCUUGCAGUUGUGCUCGGUCUGGUGACUGCUUUCCAAGCCGCAGCUCUACAACUUUACUUCCUUGUGUCUGGUGUCAUGGGUGGUAUUACUGGUUGGAUGCUGCGUCAAAACGGCUUCCGGCGCAUGAUUGGUAUCCGCACCCUACCGAGCAAAAAGAGCAACGAGCUCUACACCAAGGUGGCACAAGGCGAGCUGAAGUUGAACGACAUCAAGGGACCUGACGGCAGGAUCCGCUACCAGCCGCCCACUCCCAUCCGUAAAGCUCCCGCUAACCGCCGCCAAAUCUCUGGCAUCAACAUCAAGCCCGGCGUGGCUAUCCCUGCACAUCUCCAGGCUGAGGCGCCUAAGGUGGACCGUACCCGUCCCGACCGCGAUGUUGAUUUCGAGGAGGGUGCAGCGGGUAAGCCGAUGAUGGAGAAGCUGGAUUACUACAGGAGGAACUACCGACUCAGCUACAUGUGGCGUAGGUUCAACGACAGCGCCGAGUCAUGGACGAGGAAGAUGGGCUACGGAGGUAAGAAGAUGACUACCGAGGAGGCCAAGAGAAAGAGGAAGGCCGAGGAGUAUGAGAUUGAGCGUCGACGGAGAUUUGAAAACAGGUCGUAA